GAGUUAGAGGCCAAUGAUGCAAAGGCCCUGGUGGAGCUGUGGCCACUAGGGAGUUUCCUGGUCACCGGACAUGACCCCAGCCAAGUCCUGGUGUUGAAGACAGGACCUUCACCAGGAGAAGUCAACACCUACAGGAUCCAGAAAUUGCCUGGAGGUGUGUCCCUGGAGACCUCCAACCUCUGCAUGCCAGACCUGYCCCACCUCCUGGCCUUCUUAUCAGCUAGCAGGGAUGUUUUGCCUAAAACACUGCUCCUGCCCUCUUCUACUCUGGUGCCCGGAAAGAAAUACAAAGAUUCUGUGCAGGUUGGCAGGGUACAAGGUGACCCCUCAGGGGGGGCGCUGUCUGUGGUGAACCAGCUCUACCUGGAGACGCACGGAAGCUGGGGAACAGAGCAGAACCCCCAAACGASGGAGCCAGAGACUGCCCAGAGGCAUGAUCCAGCCGCCAGGAACCCCGCCCAGCACCGGGUCUCCUGGGUGGAAGGGCCGCUCAGCCCAGAGGUGCGCCCUCCUGGGCCGGCUCUGGCCAGUCUGGUGGAGGAGAAAGAGGAGGAGGACGAAGACAAUGACCCCUACAAGGAUGACGUGGAAGCCCCGGAGGACGUGCUCACUGUCCACGUCCGAGCUCUGGCCAGGGCGCGGAGCAGCUACGUGGCCAGGCAGUACCGGGGCUUCCGGGCCCGCCUCACCUCGGAUUCCGUGGGUUCCCACAGGCCAGGAGACCCGGCCACCGAGCUGCUGCAGGAUGUGCGGCACCUCCUUACUGACCUCCAGGAUUACUUGUCAAAAGACCCCGACGUCAGAGCUGUCUUUGGGAACAGGGGCCUGGGGGGCCCCCAGAAGGACGAGGAUCUUGGUCCCGCUGUGGAGACGGCCGUUUGCCGGGCGGUGCUGGAGCCCCUGAAGCCUGCACUGUGGACGCGACUCCGCACGCUCCGCGCCCAGGAACUAAGGCGACUGAGGCGGCGGCAAAUAGCCCUGCGGGUGGGGGCGGGGCCUCCAGGUGCUCAGGGGGCGGGGCUUGAGGGUCCAAGCCCCGCCCCCGCCCUGCGGAGCCGCAUCCACGCGCGCCUAGAGCACCUGCACGCCGCGUGCGCGCCGCGCCGCAAGGUGGCGCUCCUGCUGGAGGUGUGCAGCGACGUGUACUCGGGCCUGGCGGGCGGCGACAACCAAGAACCCCUGGGGGCCGACGCCUUCCUGCCGGCCUUGACCGAGGAGCUGAUCUGGAGUCCGCACAUUGGGGAGACACAGCUGGACGUGGAGUUUCUAAUGGAGCUCUUGGAUCCCGACGAGCUACGGGGAGAGGCCGGGUACUACCUGACCACGUGGUUUGGGGCGCUGCACCACAUCGCCCACUACCAGCCUGACGCGGGCCGCGCACCGCAGGGGCUCAGCUCCGAGGCCCGUGACUCCCUUCGCCAGUGGCACCGCAGGCGCACGCUGCACGGACAGAACCCACUUGGAGCCCAGGCCAACCUGCCAUUUGAGGAGCCAUGGGCAGUCGCCACUGUGCCAGGGGCCACUGAUGAUUAGCCGUCUCAGACCCUCUUUGCUCCUCAAGCAAGAUACAAAGGCGUCUGGGACAGUGCGGUUUAGGGACAGCAAGACGGAAGGGUGGGCUGGGGAUGUGGCUCAAGCGGUAGCGCGC